GACGCGUUGCUUCAGGUGAUCUGCAGCUGCAGGUAUUGAGAGGUUAUUCGUGGAGGAAGUGAUCUCUGUUGGAGGAUCUCUCUCCUGAACAUGGAGUCUAAACUCGCCGCUCUCUUUCUGCUGCUGGCCUUUUCCUCAUGUAGCGCUAAAGUUCAGGAGGAGGACCCAGAGUUCUGGAGGUCUCAGGCUCGGGUCACUUUACAGUCAGUUCUGGACAGGAAGCUGAACACCAACGUGGCCAAAAACAUCCUGUUCUUCCUCGGAGACGGUAUGGGGAUCACCACCUACACGGCGGCUCGGAUCCUGAAGGGUCAGCUGCAGAACCAGACAGGAGAGGAGACGGUGAUGACCAUGGACACCUUCCCUAACGUGGGGCUGGCUAAGACCUACAGUGUGGACUUCCAGAUAGCUGACAGUGCAGCUACAGCCACAGCGUACCUCUGUGGAGUGAAGACCAACCUGAACACCAUCGGGGUCAGCGCCGCCGCUCGCAACGGAGCCUGCAAGACUCAGAGAGGGAACGAAGUGACGUCCAUCCUGAAGUGGGCCAAAGACGCCGGAAAGUCCGUGGGCAUCGUGACGACCACGCGGGUGCAGCACGCCACGCCGGCCACCAGCUACGCCCACAGCGCCAGCAGGAAGUGGUACAGCGACGCCGACAUGCCCGAAGCCGCCAAGAAGGACGGCUGCACAGACAUCGCCUCCCAGAUGCUCAAAAACACUGAUAUAGACGUGAUAAUUGGAGGUGGUAGGAAGUACAUGACCCCGAGGGGCACCAAGGACCCAGAAUACCCCGCAGAUUUCUCCUCCAGGGGCAAAAGGAAAGACGGACGUAACCUCAUCGAUGAGUGGCAGAAAAUGAAAAUCGGAAAGGUCGCUCGCUACGUGUGGAAUCAAACAGAUUUCAGUGCUGUUGACCCUGAAACCACUGACUACCUCAUGGCUCUGUUUGAACCCGGUGAUUUGCGCUUCGAGGUAGAACGGGAUCCCAAAAUGGACCCAUCCAUCGUGGAGACCACAGAGAAAGCCAUCCGCAUCCUCCAGAAAAACCCCAAAGGCUUCUUCCUUUUAGUGGAGGGGGGGCGUAUUGACCAGGCUCAUCACGCCGGACGGGCCUCCAUGGCUCUCCAUGAGGCGGUGGCUCUCGAUUACGCCAUCGCAAAGGGCCUUGAACUCACCAACGAGGAAGAGACUCUCACUGUGGUGAUGGCCGACCACUCACACCCUUUCACCUUCAACGGAUACCCAUUCAGAGGGCAGAGCAUUCUGGGUAAAUCUCCGCUGUGGGCCCAGGACAUGCUGCCUUACACCACGCUGAUGUACGGAAACGGACCCGGACACAAACUCACCAACGGCAAACGGCCAGACCUCCGUAACGUGGACACCAAAACGAAGGACUACGUUCAGAUGGCGGCGGUCCCCACAGAUUCGGCCACUCACAGCGGGGAGGACGUGGCGGUUCUGGCUCGCGGACCCAUGGCCCACCUCUUCCAGGGCGUCCAGGAGCAGAACUACAUCGCCCACGCCAUGGCCUACGCUGCCUGUGUGGGAGCCGACCUGAGGCACUGCCAGGCGCAAACUGAGGCCCCCGCUCUGCAGACCACCUUCACUCACGCGGGGAACUCAGCAGGGGGGAUUCAGGGCUUCACCAUGCUCAGCAGCCUCCUCAGUGCACUGAUGGUGGUUCUGGUGCUCAUGUAAGGUCCACUUUUCCUCAGGGAUGAGUACUAAAGACCGGAUAUUAGACACACACACACACACACACACACACACACACACACACACACACACACACACACAUACACACAUACACACACACACACACACACACACACACACACACACGGGUUUCCUUGACUUAAAUUAAACAUCUUUUCAUUGGAUGUGAUUUUUGGUUAGUUGUCUGAAAUAAGGUCUGUGACUCAAGAUGAAGAUAUUUUCACGUUUUGUUCUACGGCAUAAAAUACGUCUGUAAAUCCCCCCCACUGGUGCCUGUCUGUUGUGUAAAACCAA